AUCUUCUUGAUCAUCUCCCAGAUUCCCUCUCCCUACUCUUGGGUUCAAGAUCUUGGCAACCAUGAAACUCCUCAUCCUCACCUGCCUCGUGGCUGCUGCUUUUGCUAUGCCCAGACUUCAUAGUAGAAAUGCAGUUAGCAGUCAAACUCAGCAACAGCAUAGCAGCAGUGAGGAAAUUUUUAAACAACCAAAGUAUCUCAACCUAAAUCAGGAAUUCGUCAACAACAUGAACAGACAGAGAGCACUUCUGACAGAACAGAACGAUGAAAUCAAGGUAACUAUGGAUGCAGCAUCUGAGGAACAAGCAAUGGCAAGUGCUCAGGAAGACUCUUCAAUCAGCUCAUCAAGUGAGGAAUCUGAGGAAGCUAUUCCCAAUAUCACUGAGCAGAAAAACAUUGCAAAUGAAGACAUGCUCAACCAGUGCACCCUGGAACAGCUUCAGAGACAGUUUAAGUACAACCAACUUCUCCAGAAAGCUUCCCUGGCUAAGCAAGCUUCCCUGUUUCAGCAACCUUCCCUGGUACAGCAAGCUUCCCUGUUUCAGCAACCUUCCCUGCUUCAGCAAGCUUCCCUGUUUCAGCAACCUUCCAUGGCUCAGCAAGCUUCCCUGCUACAGCAACUUCUCCUGGCCCAGCAACCUUCCCUGGCACUGCAAGUUUCCCCAGCACAGCAAUCUUCCCUGGUACAGCAAGCUUUCCUGGCACAGCAAGCUUCCCUGGCACAGAAACAUCAUCCAAGACUGAGCCAGUCCUACUAUCCACAUAUGGAACAGCCUUACAGAAUGAAUGCAUACAGCCAAGUUCAAAUGAGACAUCCUAUGAGUGUAGUGGAUCAGGCACUGGCCCAGUUCUCUGUUCAGCCCUUCCCACAAAUCUUCCAGUAUGAUGCCUUUCCCCUUUGGGCUUACUUUCCACAGGAUAUGCAGUACCUUACUCCCAAAGCUGUCCUUAACACCUUCAAGCCCAUUGUCUCCAAGGAUACUGAAAAAACCAAUGUGUGGUGAGAUAUUAAGACAUCUCUCAGGAACUCCACAGUUAUAACAUUUGAUGUGACUGGACCCUCCAUUCUCCAUCCACCUCAUGUCUCUCUAUUCAUUCUAUGGAGCCUCUGUUUUACCUAAAGGCUUGACUGCUAUUUUAGAGUAGAUAAAACACCAUAUAGAGGCCAAUGAUUCAUCUUGAGUUGUCUACUGCAUAUUAGAUAGCAUAGCAUCCUUCCUUAAGCUAACCUUUCCUAGACAGAUUCUUUUUUCUAAAUUCCAGUUGCAUCAUCUGAGCGGAGAGAAUCAAGGCCUUUAACAAGUUUCUAUUAUGGAAAAUUUGUUUUAAAAGUCUUUAAAUGGAUUCUUCUGAAAAUGUUAUCAUUUUGGGUAAUUGUGUGUAGUAACUGAGAUUGUCUUUUUCCUCUUUUCAAUAAAUUACAUUUUAAGGCACAAA